AAUUUUUCAGAAUUUUACAAAGAAAGAAAAAGAUCACACCAAAAAUCCCUUUCCUCAUAUAACUCUGUUUUCACAGGGUAGAAGAACUUCACCUCCCACCCCUUGGUAACGCCCCAAAUGCCUUCCAUGCUCCUUUCUCUCUCCUCUGCAACCCCCCUACUCUCCAUGACUUUCCAACCCUUUCUCAAUUUCAAUCAAAAUUGACAACUAGGGUUUUUUCCUAUUCAUUUCCCUCUUUUUAUUCUCUCUCUCUUUUGUGUGAGUGAUUUUACACACCCAAAUUCAGAAACUUUGAUUUUCUCUCUCCUCUUGUGUUUACUCACCAGCUGCUUGAAUUGGGUUUUUGUUGUUUAGGCUAAAAAGCUGGUAAUUUUGAUCUGGGUUUUUGUUAUUUUGGAUCUGAGGAGAGAGAAUUAGGAAAAUAUGGAGGAGGGGUUGUGUCAUUGGGGAGUGAUCCGAUCUCUUCUUGCUAUUGUUCAAUGGUGGGCUUUCAAUGUCACUGUUAUUAUCAUGAACAAAUGGAUCUUUCAGAAACUGGAUUUCAAGUUUCCUCUUACAGUGUCUUGUGUCCACUUCAUAUGCUCGUCUAUUGGAGCUUAUGUGGCAAUCAAGAUUAUGAAGGUAAAACCUUUGAUAGCAGUUGACCCUGAGGAUCGCUGGAAAAGGAUAUUCCCCAUGUCAUUUGUUUUCUGCAUCAACAUAGUCUUGGGGAAUGUGAGCCUGCGCUAUAUACCAGUCUCCUUUAUGCAGACGAUUAAGUCAUUUACUCCCGCUACAACAGUUAUCUUGCAGUGGCUCAUAUGGAGAAAAUACUUUGAAUGGAGAAUUUGGGCUUCUUUGGUCCCAAUUGUCGGAGGAAUUCUUCUAACUUCUAUGACAGAACUUAGUUUUAACAUGUUUGGAUUUUUGGCUGCUUUGUUUGGUUGCCUGGCUACUUCUACCAAAACGAUUCUUGCGGAGUCUCUUUUGCAUGGCUACAAGUUUGAUAGCAUAAAUACUGUCUUUUACAUGGCACCUUUUGCAACCGCUAUUUUAGCGGUACCAGCUUUGGUACUUGAGGGUCCUGGAGUAAUUGUGUGGCUUAACACUCACACUACGCUCCUAUCUUCCCUGACCAUCAUCCUCAGCUCUGGAGUGUUGGCUUUCUGUCUUAAUUUUUCCAUCUUCUACGUUAUUCAUUCUACUACAGCAGUCACUUUCAACGUUGCUGGGAAUCUCAAGGUUGCUGUUGCUGUUCUCAUUUCAUGGCUGAUAUUUAAAAACCCUAUUUCGGGUAUGAAUGCACUCGGGUGUGCUGUAACACUGGCUGGAUGUACUUUCUAUGGCUAUGUGAGGCACAUGAUAUCACAACAACCGCCCGGAACACCAAGAACACCUAGAACUCCGCGGAAUCGGACAGAAAUGAUCCCCCUUGUGAAUGAAAAGUUAGAUGACAAGGUCUGAAUCAAGUUAGUGAUAGUAGUGUUUUGCAGGUAAAUUUCAAGUUGCUUGGAACAGGUUAUAGGAAGACAACAGAGGUGAUGAUGAUGAUGGUGGUGGUGAUAUUUAUGUCCUUGUUGUGUAGACAUGAUUAUAAAUUUAAUAGAUACUUAUUCUCUAACCCUCCAUACAUAAUUUAUAUAGAAGAAAAAAAACAGUUUUUUUUCCUAGUCCUUGUUCAGUUAUCGUAGAUCUAGAAUUAUCAAUUAGAAGUUACUGGUAUGGAUGUUUUUCAUUUUUGGUUUGUAUAUCAACAGUAGCACUUGAUAUAGUGCUAUUUUUGAGA